CAAGUUCUCAUUUCCCAUAUACUUGUGCUAUAUGGUUUAUGCUCCUCUUUACAUUGUUGGACCAAUCAUUAGCUUCAAUGCAUUUGCCUCGCAGUUGGAUUCUCCCCAGAACAUAUACUCAUCCCGAGAUAUUGCUUGGUAUGGAUUCCGAUGGGUUUUUUGUCUUUCACUAAUGGAAGUCAUGACACAGUUCUUUUACUAUAAUGCCUUUGCUAUUAGUGGUUUGUGGAAACAAUUGUCUCCAAUGGACAUCUUUAUCAUUGGAUAUGGUGUAAGUUCUGCUCUUAAUAUGCUUUGGUUCUCCUAA